AGAGAGAGAGAGGAGAGAGGAGAGAAAGAACAGGCGUUUACGCGACAGUGGUUGACAUAGGCUCUCUCUCUGGCAGGAGGACGGAACAGUUUUUUUCCAUGUGUGUAUGCGCACGCGAACGACAGAUAGAAAGCGAGAGAGAGAAAGAGAAAGAGAGAGACAGUUAGCAAGACUGGAAAAGCGAUAGGAACGUAGAGAGCGAGUGAGAGAAACGCGGCGGUCGACGAAUGCGAUUUGCUCCUUGUAAUCGCUGACGAGAUGAUCUAGCUUUUUGACACGCAAAAGAGGAGAGUGUGCGUUUCGCCGCAGUGUUGAAGUAAAGCGAGGGCUGUUCAAUCGGGUUUUCUUCUCUCUCACGCGCGCAAGGAAAGCAAAACAAAAAAAAAAAAAAAACACCAGCGAGGAGCUGUCUAGAGAGCCCUCCCGGGGCACGACGAACUGUCUGUCGAGCUCAGCUGAUCCACGCGCACCAAGAAGUAGGAGGAAGAGGUAGGAGAGGAGAAAGGAGGCAGCGGACGCCACCAGCCAGCAGCGGCGCUGUGGGACGCAAAAAAAAAAAAAAAAAAAAGGGGUUCCUCUGCCGAACUUCCAGCGCAGCGACUCGAUCGAGCAGCACCGAUAAAACAUGUCGUCCCCCAGCGCAGGCAAACGUCGUAUGGACACGGAUGUUAUCAAACUAAUAGAAAGCAAGCACGAGGUGACAAUCCUGUCAGGACUCAAUGAAUUCUCCGUCAAGUUCUACGGUCCACGAGGGACACCGUAUGAGGGUGGAAUAUGGAUGGUGAGGGUUCAUCUGCCGGAGCACUACCCCUUCAAAUCUCCUUCGAUCGGCUUCAUGAACAAAGUCUAUCAUCCCAACAUUGACGAAGUCUCGGGCACCGUAUGUCUAGACGUUAUAAACCAGGCAUGGACUGCCCUUUACGACUUAUCGAAUAUUUUCGAGUCGUUCCUGCCUCAGUUGUUAACAUAUCCCAAUCCGAUCGAUCCCCUAAACGGCGACGCUGCCGCGAUGUAUCUCCAUAAACCCGAGGAGUACAAAAAGAAGGUAGCGGAUUACGUCAGGAAGUACGCGACGGAAGAGGCGCUCAGGGAACAGGAGAAAAUAGCCGGGAGCACCGGAAACGGGAUGUCCUCCGACAGUGAGUCGUCGAUGAGCGACUUCAGCGAGGAUGAGGCGCAGGACAUGGAGUUGUAACCAAAUAUAUUACCAUCCGUACCCAUAUCCUUAAUCAUCUCGAUUCCCUGUAAGAUCCUCGAUCGCUCGUCCUACUACCAAAUAGAUGCUUACACCCGAGACUCCGAGCCUCACUUCUGGUGACGGCGACGAGCCGAUCCUCGUCGCUGCUCUCGUCGUUCGUCGCUCGCACGCAAACGUCGCGCCCCAACACGGCAGAAUGGGGGUUAGGUUGGUGAGAUAUGAUGGUUGGGCGUAAUCGGCCAACUCUCAUGGCCCGACGAGAGUAACAGCGACCGAGGCGCACGAGGUAAAAACGGAGAAUCGCGCAUGGGGGUUUGUGUGCAUUGCGCGCUUUUCUCGUCAAAGCGCGUCGUGUAGGUGCGUAAUUUUUCGAUCGCGCACACGACGACAUAUCUCUCCUCACGGUCAUCCGAGCUCUGUUGAUAUUCCGUCGGUCUCGAUCGGCUCCGCCGGCUUUGUUCGCUCUGUUUAAUCGUAUAUUCUAAUUGUCAUGAUCGCAAUGAUGAUGAGGAUGAUGAUGAUGAUAAUGAUGUGCUCGUCGAACACGCGAUGAUCAACGUAACGAAAAAAGAGUGUCCAACAAGAGUCUCCCCGCAAAGAGAGUCGGAUUCUUUCUUUUCUCGAGAGCGCGAAGAAAAGGAAAGAAGUGAAGAAGAGAGAACGAAAGAGGACCACAUUAUACUGAUAUUCACGGGUUAUCGUCCGCCGGUCUCGACGCAAUGUCGAUUCUCCCAAAAUCGUUCGUAAUGCACCGCAUCGGCAAUUCCGGCAUCGAUCGUUGUAUCGCACACGAUGCGUUUCUACUGUGCGUUAUCUGCGACGAUGCGUUUCUGUGUGAUUGAGAAGCGAACCGUAUAACAUCGAAAACAAUUAAUAUUUUCGCACGACGAAACGAUAAAAUACAAAACGAGUUCGACUUGCGUUUUUCUUGUUCUCGAGAUUCUCUCGCCCUUGUUUUUUUUUUUCCAACUUUUUUUUUUGUCCGAACGUCGCAGAUGGAUAUAACAUCGCAUUUUGAUUGCGAUAUGUGUGAUGGGAUAUCGCGAUCGAAGGACAUUUAAAACGGGAGAGAUGCGCCAGGAGAAAUUUUAACAAUCUGGCAUACAAAAUGGUCGCAUCUUCUCCGUCCGGCUAACGACUCCUUUGCUUCUAUCUUAAAUUUAUAUGUUAGCAUCUAUUUAGAAACUUACACUUUUUUUACACGCAAAAUCGUUAUCAUUCGCUACUCAUCGCUCUCAUUAUUUUGUGACGGAUUAUUACGUUAUUGGAAGUUUGUUUUUUUUUUUAAAGGGUAAAGUGAGUUUCGUUCUCGCGCAAAAAACAUUUUCUUUUCCCUGCAGUUGAUCGAUUUGAAAAAAAAAAAAAAAAAAAAAAAAAUCAGCGCGCAUGUCACGCGUCAGUUCACGGUUCUCCGCUUAAAUGCAGACCAGGUCUUUUGUUUGACAACAAACACGCGAAAACAAAUGUGAUGGAGUAUGGGUACUAGCACCGUCUUCCUUUUUUUUCCUGCCAUCACCAUUCCCAAAACGUUUCCCUCGCAGGGCAGCGCAUCAGCGACCGAUCGCCACGUCGUCUUCAUUCGCGACAGCGGAGAGAAGAUCAAAUCCGUCGCAUAAACGACAGCACGACAUCGGGACGACGUCGCAGCCACCGUCCAAGAUCGCGCGAUCAUGGAAUUUCUUCGGAAGAACGAGUGUGAACGAGACGUCGAAUAUGUUCCAGACAUCAGCGGCGUUCCAUCUCGAAUUUCGCGCAUCUGGCAGUCAAAACGCGGAAGAAACACGGAUGAACCAAGCCACGAUACUCACUUCAUCCUGCGUCCAUUCUCCCGACGCGAAUGUAAAUUUAACUGAUCCUGAUGGGUGCGGAUCGGACGCGAAUUCCGUUCGCGAGAAAUUUUAAGUCAAUUUAUACUUAUAUUUUAAUCUCAUUAUUGUUACACUCUCGACUCUUAUAGAUUUCAAUAUUUAGAAUUAUUAUUACUAAGAGAAGGACAUAAGUAGCGAAUCAAAUUGGUUUGUUAUAAAUAUUUAUAUUAUACAUAAGUGAUUUUUUUCUUUUUUCUAACAAUAAAAUUCUAACAAUAAAAUUGGUAUCAAGCUUGCGUUAAAAAAAAAAAAACAAAAAAAAGAAAAAACCAAACGAGAUUCGGCUAUUUAAUAAUAAUUCGUCACAUACAUCCGCUAUUUACACGUAGAGUAUCCUGUGUUUUCGAUCGUUUCGAAAGAGAUAUUAGAAUUAAAAGGACACAAAAUCAAAAAUCUCAGGGAAUUUCUGUUUGAGAAACAUACGAAGAAAAAAAACUGUGGUUGUUAUCAUCGUUGAAAAGUGAGGAACAGACGAAAUUCAAAAAAUACGUAGCACAAAUAUGGGAAGCCGAGAAAAUAACGAAAUUUUUCUUAACAAUUAACAUAUAAUACACGCGCGAAUGUCGAUUUCGAGAAAAAGAACCAAUUAAAAAAAAUUAAAGAGUUGCUUAGUUAGGAAAAAGUGUAAAUUUUAUGAAGAAUACAAUUUUUGUUGUACAAACUUGUUUGUUUUGCUGCACAAUAAUCUGCGAUCAAUAGUAUCUCGUUUCAAAUUGAUCUUCCUCCUUUGCAUGAUUUACAUGUAUGCAACGCGAUUCUAACUAUACGUAAGUACAGGCGUUAUAUUUCAUUCAGUGCCUUCUCAGGCAGAAAAGCGUGCCUUAUUAUCUAUCUCCCGUAAAGAGCCGCAAAUCGGAAGUAUAGUGAAUAUUUAGCGUUAACGAAUCUCUGUCAAUGAAAUUAAUUAAUUACUUGUGAAGCAAAGCAAUAUACGGAUGUUUUUACUUUUGAAAGUCAAAAAUAUAUGUCGGAGGCGAUUGCCAGCUUCAAUAAUUUUUUGCUGAUAAUUGAAAUAUAGUAUACCACUACGGAAAGUAAGUCAGAAAAAAUUAUAACAAAAAGAAAAUACUGAUUUGAAACAAUAAUUGGAAAAUUAUUUGUUCAAUUCUGAAAAAAUAGUCUCUGACGAAAAUUUGACGUAAGAAUAUCAUUACUUUUCAUUAUAUAAUUAGACGUGGACGCGUAAAUGGCUGCGCAGAACAACGCAGUUUACACUGUACAUUUGUGCUUAUUUCCGACUACAACACUUUGUUAUUUUAUUCAUUUUAAUAACUCUUGUUAUAUUUUGUUCGCCGUUAAACUUUGUUUAGGUAUGAUAUAUUUUAUAAACCGUUGCGCUCACUUUUUACAUAAAUUUUAGACAUGCACUUGUCAAUUUUUAGAAAACCACAGUUAAAAUUGAAUAAAAUCAGUAUGAAUUUUAUAUAAGUUAGAACCAGUGUGCACUUCUGAUGUCUUCUUUUAAUCUGUGCAAUUAUUUGUAAAUAAUCAAAGGAGAUAUGAAAAGUUCAAGAGCCAUCGCGGUGAGAUGUUGGCGCGCUAAUGCUGUUAUCGCAACAAAAACGUUAAAUAACGAUAAUGCCGAAUAAAUAACGAUAAUUUCUAUAAACAAAAAAUAUUUGUUUGUCGCGCGUCUAUUAUUGGAAUGACACUUUAGUGGAUACAAAAAAUAAAAAAACUUUGUAUUUAUCCGUUAUAUACAAAACUUGAUUAUCACAUGAAUGCAUAUUCAAGCCAAUCACGCAGGUAGCUCAAUACUGACACGUUCGAAUUAAUCGGAUCGUAUUACAAAGAUAAAUAGCCUCGUGUCGGGUGUUUCCUUCAGAGAUCCGAUCGCAAAGGAGGAUGAAAAUAUAUUUUAUUUUUCGCAAAAUUCGCGCAGGCUCUUAUUUCCUUUUAUAUGUUCUUUGAACUUGUAUCUUAGAAACAAACUAUCUCUUUGUUAUGUGUGAAAAUGAUAUUUUCUUUCAAAAUUUCGUCAAUUGCUUGUUAUAAUCGCCUCGUUGACUUUGCUUUUUUUCGUUAUAAUUAUUUUAACGCUUCCCGAGACUUGGUGUGCAAUCUACAACGUAUGUAUGUCGAAGAGAGAACUAUACAGUUUUUAUUCAGAGUGUGGAACACACACACACACACACAUACACACACUUAGAAUUAUCAGCCGUACUUAGAGAGAAAGAGAGAGAGAGAGAGAGAGAGAGAAAACUGGAGAAAACUUCUGCUGCUAUUCUUUUAUUCACGCUGUAUCUUGAUGCAGAAUGCGUCUCUUUAUUUAUGUAAGUUAGCGUAGUAGUUUUAACGCGUUAGCUAAGCAUACAUUCAGUCCAAGUGUCUCAACGGCACUGUACUUUUUAGGCUUCGUCGAUUAAGAACCAAAAGAAAAAAAGCAAUCAUAAAACGUGCGUUUCCCAUCGAUCGUAUCGAUUGAGUUUCAAGUCGUCCUCUCAGAUCUCACAUCGUUGCUAAUUGUAUAUGUAACAUAUAGAAUAAUUAUUGACUAGUUAUACGCAUAAAAUAUACAUACAUAUAUCUUCGAUCGUAUUCGCAUAAUUCUACUAUAUAUAUAUAUAUACAUAUAUGUAUACUAUAUAUAUAUAUGUAUAUAUAUAUAUAUGUAUACUAUAUAUAUAUAUAUAUGUAUGAUUUUACUAACGAAAGUUUUAUUCAGGUCAGCGAAAGAAUAAUUUUAAUAAUCAGUUUUUUAUAUAUGGUUCCUUUUGCAAAUGUUGUUUGUUCCUCGUUAUGUCGAAGCUCUUACCGCGGUUUUAUUAUCUUAAAUCACUCGAACUCUUUCUGAUCACUUUUCGCCAGUGUAAAAAAAUAACCAAACAAACAAACAAACAUGAUUAACGCAAAAAACAAACAUGAUUUUCGCAGUGUGCGUAAAGUGUAUUAUCGAAUCGGAUAUUUAAUUAAUUGUGCGCUUAGAGAUUUAUAAUAUUUAUAGUAACACUUUUUUGUUUUAAUGCGAAUAUAUAUAUCUAUUGCCUCUAUUGUGUUCAAAUCUUUUUGUAAUGUUAAAAACUCGAAAGGCAUAUUUUUAUACAUGUAUUGCAAUGAUAUAAUAUAAUAGCGAUAUAGCAGAUGUUCUCUAUCCUACGUCGAGUUUUCAUAGCCAUUUAAUUUUCCCCUUUCGAUCGCGUAAAUAACGAACGUCGGUUAUAUAUAUACAUAUAUAUAUAAUAUUUUUAUAAUCGCACAGUGUACGAGCGACAUUUUUCAUGAACUUAGACCUUGUCGCGAAUGCAUUGACUUGUGUUGAUAUCAUCCUUUAAUUCUUGAAUACGUGAAUAAAAUGUACAUCUAAAGGAUGCAAAGGAGUCGUUACGUUGAGAGAAAACACAAAUUGUUUUUAAGUGAGAACUUUCGGAGUUGAAACGAGAGCAUUUGAAACUACGAUUAUUGUGAUUGAUUGGAUCUUAACUCUUCUCUGUGUUCGUAAAUGUCACACAUACGUCUUAAUCGCAAAAAUAGUAAGUAUUCUUACAGGGACUAUCACGGUAUUUCCAAAUCGAUAAAAAACGAUGCCGCGUGUUUGCCAAACUUGUGUCAACAAUUCGCGAUCGAAGGGCGAGGGACUCGUUCAGUCCGAUUCAAUUUGAUCAGUCGACAAAUUAUAUAUAUAUAUAUACAUACAUAUAUGCACCGUGUAAAACACGACUCACAAAUCCGUCAAUUUUGCGGAAAUCGCAUUCACUGUUGUAACAUCAACAUAAAAAAAAAAAAAAAAAAAAGAUAUCCUUUCUCGACGCAGUCGAUUUUCUCAUUGUACAAAAUUGUUAAUUCUAUAUUUCUAUACAUGCGACAUACAUUUCUUUCUCAACAAAACGCACAUUAUACAAAUAUCGUUCGAGAUUCCAGCGCAACGUAUGAAGAAAAAAAAAUUGAAGACAUAACGACCGACUAUUUUCUAUUCAUGUUCCGCCGGCGGAGCACGUUUCCUUCAUUUUGGUGUCUUGUUGUUUCGUAGGAUAUCAUCGCUGAGAUUAGAUAAUGUGCGCGCACGCACGGGAGGAAGCGCAAUUAUCCACAUUACUUCUCUUCAUCGGUGAAAGAAAAUGGCAAUAUUUUUGCUACUCGUUCGUAAUUAUAUAAUCGUCAAUGUUAUCGAGCAUGCGGACGUGCAGCGCCACGAGCGUCAGACGCGCAAUAAUGGAAUUUAACUUAUAAAGUUGUAAACAAACAAACAAAAAAAAAAAAAAAAAAACGAAAAAACUACUAAACACGCAAUCGUUAAGUCCCGAUCGCCCGACAACGACAAGACGCAAAAUUGUAGACCACACACCACUUCUCUGGAAAUAGGCCGACAGUUAUCUCUCUAUACUCGCUCGAUAGCAAACUCUCGUUUCUCGCUGUUCAAAAACCGCGGAAAAUCGGAAAAAAAGAAAACAAACCGCAAUCCCAAUCUCCCAAUUUAGAUCCACAGCGAUAAGAGAGAACGUUCUCUAUAAUCCAUACGUAUAUUUAUAUAAAAAGUAGACAGUAAACGUCGACAUUGUCGCGAAACGACGGCGAAGCAACGUCGAGCAAACGUGGGCGAACGCGUGUAAAAAAUGUGUCUAAUCAUUUGCCGAUCUCCGUGCAAUUUGAACGCAUUUUUUUAGGGCCGAGUGUUGCCGAGAUGCAACAUUCGACGAAUAUAAAUUACAAAACUGAGGCAGGUCAUUGUUUUAUUCGCGCACGAUAUAUUCUGUUAUACUUCGUCGGGAUCUUUGCGCCGAACAUGUACGUUUUAUUGACGCGCUGUCGCUUUGGGCAAUAUCGACGUUUGACGCAAUGGACGACUUUCACGUGUGUUAUUAAUUAACCGCUUCAACGUUAUAUUGUUUCGUCAAUUGUGCGAAAAACACACACUCAAACAUCGUUUCCACGUAGAUAAGCGAGACCAUUUUCUCUACGACGCGGCGUCCAGGAUAAAAGAGAAGAAACAAAAUUCACAAUUGCAUUUUAUAUUCGCAGUAAAAGGAAAAAAUAGCUCGUACCAAAAAAAAAAACGAAAUAUCAAUAUAUAAUUAAGUGAAAUUAGUGACAAAAAGAGAAUUCUUCGGAACACGCGCUCGCUUAUGCAUCUGGAAAUGAUAGGAAUUUAAUGUUUCAACUAUAAUGAUGAGACGGAGAUUUACAAGAGGAGUAAACAACGGAGAAAGAGAAAUACCGUUUCUUAACGGCUCGCACUGCAAUGAGCGUCUUACGUUAUAAUGAAAUAAACAGAUAAAGAUAAGAAAAUCAAGGGUCCAUUAAAAUUGCAUUCAGUGAGCAAAACCGUACAAGUUAUUUUAAAUGAUUAUCUUAAAAACGUAAUUUGUAUUUAUUGUUUUUUAUACAUAUAUACUUCAAAAAAUAAAUUAUUGCAUAAUUUUGCACGUCAAAAACCAAUUAUAUUAAAUGAAUACUUGAAUGAAUGAAACUUGAAAACGUAAUUUGUAUUAAUUUUUUUACACAUAUAUACUUUGAAAAAAAAAUAAAUUAUUGCAUAAAUUUGUCAAAAACGUUUAUAAUAGUUUUGGAUUUAUUAUAAGAUGUAGUAUAAAAUAAUUAUAGAUUCAAAAGAAACGUCAUUAGGUGCGCGCCGCGAAGAAAUCAGAAACCUGAGGGAGUGACAGGUGUGUUGAUUACUUCGAUCAACGCGGUGCGAGACAGAUUUCUUCGAUAUAGAUUUCGAUAUCGCUGGUAGUGUGACAAAGAAAAACUCUCUUCUCAAACGUAACACUUGUAGCGACGUAUAAACAAAGAAAAAAAAAUCCGCUAAGGAAGUUUGUAAUAAGUCGUGGUAGUGACGACGAUCGUCAUUAACUCUGCAGUAACGUCGUACAUUUUCCCCUCUCUCAAGUGGUUCCUAGUCACUGCCAAAUACUUGUUGACGACGAUUAUCGUGAAAAGCGUGACCGGUGAGCUGCUGAAAGGAAAUUUUUAUUCUCUCGCUGCGUAUCAUUGGAAAACAACACGCCGCAAAACAAAAAUGCACUUCGCGAAGUGUUCGAGUUAUACUUAAUAGAUGAUGUUCAAAAGCCCGCGAGGCGUAAAUUAUUGGCACACAAAAAACUGCCGUACUGCAGGGUUUACGGGGAAUCGACGAGAUAUCUGUUAAUUAACACAGGCAGAGCAAAGCUUUAUAAACUAACGUAGUGAUGAUGAUGAUGACGAUAAAGAAGUUUGGAACACUCGUUCGGAGGAUUUGUUCGGGGAACGGUUUCUAUGUUCCAUGUACAAUCGUGAUGAUCGAAUUAUUGGUGUCUGUAGAGGUACAUAUAUUUUCUUACGGUAUAUGGUAAUUAGCUGCGCUGCUUCGGCUCGUGAAGGACCCGGUACCCUUGAAUUGGUCAUAACCGAAGCGAAGAAAGAGAUCGCCGUCAGCGUGUCGUGAUAAAAGUGCGGCGAGCAUCUUCAGUUCUACAAAGCUUAGUAGCUUCGAUGAUGUCAAAAAACUUUUUGUAAUAAAAUUCGUAUUCGUAGCCGAAACAAUUCAAAUGGAAAUGUGUGUGCGUUGUGUUUCUUCGCUGAAAUUUAGAAUUUAUAUACGUAAAGAAUAUAUAUUAUAUUUUUUUUAAGCAAAGUGUGUUUAAAAUACGGUCCAAAGGUGAUAUGAAACAGAGAGUGGAGAGACUUUUUUUUAAAAAAAUUAAUUUUGUCUUAAUUCUAACAUUCGAUAUAAAUGCGAUUAUCGUUUAACGAGUUUAAGAGAUCAGUAUCUCUGCUAUGUUAAAUAAAUCUUGAUAUAAAACUAAAAGAAAAAUUGGUGUGAUUUUUAUUGUGACGCCAUUGUGUAUAGCGUAGCAAAAACUUCUGUAAGCUUGAAAAAUACAUAUUUAACUUUGUUAAAAAAAAAAAAAAAAAAAAAGAUAGAUGUUAUUCAUUUUUGGACUUACGCGGUGGUUCUUGCCGUGUGAAGGAAUUCUAAAGGACGAAUUUAAGGGAACGGGCGCCUCAAAAGCUAGAUGUAAAAUUUUCUUAGAGGUACCUAUGUUGUUUCGAUAUGUAUGAAUCGUCUAUGUAAGAUGCUGGUAAUGUUAGCAAAACUAAAAAAAAAUGAUAACUGUCUCAACGACGAAUAUGCCGAGAAAAAAAGAAUUGAUCUCGAAUAUAUAAUAAUCCGGCCUUUUUUUCCAGAAACAUAUAUAAAGAUGAGACAAAAAUAAUUCGACGAUCUGUCAUGUCUUUCAGAUGCAACCAGACAGAUUUCCCGAAUUUGACCAAUCACACAGAACGUCUUUCUACUUAGCACAUGAUAUAUGACGAUGAUUACGAACUCGCUGAAUCCACAUUCUCAUGGUUCAUGAACACAAUAAAAAAAAAAAAAAA